AUGCAACACCUCUUUGACUGCUACGGCGAAUUCGAUAUAGAAGUUCCCUGUGUGGUAUCCACGGUUUCAUGUUGUCGUCAAACCGAUUUCUUUGGCCAUGGCUACGAGUAUGCCGACUUCCUCGAGUUUCCCGCCAUGCACGGCUGGAAACUGGAUGAGGAGAACUAUUCACUCCGUUUGUUAACCCUGGAAGAGCGAAGGGCAUACGAAGAAUCGAGACAGCAUGGGCCCAAAGCGCUGGAGGUGGUGCCCAUUAAAUCAAGGGAUGCUUUUAUACAGGCCUGGCUCUUUUUUGCUCUCAUCUCAUGCAUUGUGAAAAAGGAUGGGCAUCCGCUGUUGAAGUUUUCGGACCUCACUAGAUCAUUUCAGCAGGGGCCUAGGACACGCAACAUGAAUGGACUCAUCGACACGGCCAAUUUGCAGACUGAGCUGGACGAAUGGCAUCGGUCUGAGCGUGUCAACCGCUCGACGGCGAAACUGAGACUCGUUCAAGCAGACCUAAUCCUCGAGCUCGCUCGGCAAGUUGUCAGGACGAAUCUCGCUAAGGGUGCGCCUCACGACUUCAAGGUAGACUCUGUGAUCUCGAUUUCUAUCAUGAUUCUUGGAGAAACUCUCUCAGCUGUCAAAAAGAAGAUAACCGAAUCUGUCCGUGCUGCAGUCCGCGGCUGGCAUGCCGAGGACCAGGAAGGCUGGGGUCCUCCGGAGUACGUGUUCUCCAGGAUGGAAGAGAAAAGGUUUUGUCCCCACGCAAGGAAAGUGCUCAGCAUCCAGAUGGGGACCAAUGCAACUCUGCUGCUCGCGGCGUUGAAGCACCAUGCUGGCGCAAAGGACCAUGGGGAUCUUUGCAAUAUGGAUGGAUGUCAAUAUCUGCAUCAGCAGCCUUGGGCAAAGAACACCCAACUCGCAACUGCCGAUUCACGCUACAUCCCUCAAUGCCACCCAGAAGAUGGCGGAAACUUCGCUACGAGAUGCCAGACGGGGCAGUGCUGCAAAGUUGGACCAGACAUGGACAGGAUCUAUGACAUUCUCAGGAUUGUGAAGCGUUCUGGGGGGGACGAGGGAUUCGAAUUCCCGCUGUUCAGAAUCAAAGAAUCGGAUGGUGCAUUGAGCAUCCAAAUUCACACGUGGCGCAAGAGCGGGAAUAAGUUGCCAUUCGCCACCAUAUCCCACGUCUGGUCUCAGGGCCUUGGGAACAAGGAAGAGAACACCGUGCACGAAUGCCAGCUGAGGUUCAUACGCAAGCUCCUCGAGGCCGUUGGAGUGCCUUCCGACUCUACGACUCUCAGUGCGCCGUUCUGGUUGGAUACUUUUGCUAUCCCUGUAAGGUGCAAGACUCUACAAGGUCGGGCCAAUGGCUCUCGGGGCGAGGCCAACGCCACUAUCUCGCCAGACGAUUUCAACGAGCUGAAGCAGCUUUCUAUACGUCAAAUAUACGACGUGUUUGAAGCAUCUACGCACGCCAUUGUCAUCGACAAAGAUCUUUGCCAGCAGCGUGUUAUGGGCAAGCCUAUCGAGGCGUCGAUGAAGCUCUUGACUAGCACUUGGAUGCGACGACUUUGGACUCUCCAGGAGGCUUUUCUCAGCAAGACGAUAUGCAUCAGCUUUGAAUCACGCUUGGAUAUUCACCGUACCAGUGACAAUCCGAAUGAGAUCCCUCACCCUGGUUGGGACUUUGAUAUCCUUCUCCAGCAGCUCAAUGGGAAUCAUGAUGAAGAAAAGACGCUGCAGGCGGCAAUGGCGGGCAUUCUGAGGCAGCAGCUGCUUGAAAAUCUCAUGGGUAAGGAGAGGCAGUCGCGGAAUCUUGCAGAUGUUUCUGUACCGCAAAAGGGCUCAACUUUAAUCGCAAGCGCAUGGCGAUCUGUUCGGUGGAGGACAACCUCACGGCUAGAGGAUGAGACUCUGGCUCUGGCCACCUUAUUGCAUCUGAGCUAUCGCGACACGACCAUUUCACAGGCUGGAGGUGUUGUUCAAGGACUAGACAAGCCAGACGCAGCCAAGCAGCGGGAUGGUAUGAUGAGAGACUUUUGGACACUGAUUGAUCGGCGCUAUAAAGGAUCAAUACCCGCAGGAAUGAUUUUCCUCCCUCUGGAUCGGCUGACAUUCCCCGGCUUUGGAUGGUCCCCGAGAUCCUGGAUGAGCAGCACCACCGAUAUCGAGCCCGAGUCCUAUCCAUACCCUUUAUCCCAGAUGAAGUACCCCACGGAGCUCCUUCCCGAGGGAUUAGUCGUUCGAUACCCCGGGAUCAUUCUACACUGCACUCGGCCAGAGACAUUCCUUGCACAGAAGGAAGAAGGAUUCACCUUUGACUUUCCGGUCGACAGGGGAUUCAAUGAGUGGUACACUGUCGGCAAGCACUUUGAACGCGUAGAGCCGGACGCGACUGAGAUCACAGAAGCAAAGCAGACUCUUUGGUUUGCAAUCAUUCUGUCACGCCCGCAGCCAAGAGAGAGGCCUGAUGAGAUUGGGCUGCUUGUCGAGGUAUACAAUGUUGCACGGCGACAGAACGAGGGCGAAAGCCAGGACCACGAGAUCUACUUUUGCCGCAUCAUCGACAGAUUCCAUAUCCGAAGAAGCCGGCCCAACUUCUUCAACGGGCUGACAGACGACAGACUCAUUGGGGAGCUUACAUCGGUUGAUCAGCAUUGGUGCGUAGACGAUUACAAACCGUGUAGGGAUCGCAUUCGUGCAGAGGAGGACGAGAAGUCGAGAAACGCUCAAGCAUUGAAAAGGGCAGCCAAGCUCGCUAGUCGUAAGGGUGACGAUAAGAGCAUUCUUGCCCGUGGAAUGCAGGGUAUACUCUCUUUAACAGGCCAAGCUCCUUUGGCAAUUCCAGCAUCACCCAGACUAGCUGAGAUGAGCGGCGGUGGUGGAAAGGGAAAAGAACUAGCAGUGCCCGUCAGGCGCGAAACGUCGUCCAGUACGGGCCCUGCAGGGCCUUCUUCGGUUCAUGAAGAGAACACCCCUUUUGGGAAAAUGGCGAGGAGUCUUACUGGCACUGUCACUGGCCAGUUUAACAGGAUAGCCACGCUAGCAAAGGGGCAUUGA